GCCGAGUAUUUACUCCCAGUUUCUCGAAUCGCACAAAAUACGGACAAGGAAGACGGCUCCAAGUUCAGCACGUGAAGAACGUCGUUGCUGAGCGCUUCCCCAAAGUGCGUGGCUAGAUCCUGUGAGAAUACGUGUUCUCCGUCUCCCGCUGCCUAUGUGUCAAAGGAACGAGAGCCUGACGUUUAUCUUCGUCAUAGCUACGUUUCUCACAGUCAUAGUUCAAUGCUCCAACACGGGUAAGGCGUAUUCCGUCGAUGCAUCCGGUUCAUCUCAUCAUGCAGGCGCGAUACGUGUCGUGGCCAGUAAGAUAUUUGCUUGGAGUUCAGAUGAUGACGUAGCUCUUGAAAUGACAGGUGUGAUCCUCCCAUCACUCUCUUGGAUAUGGCCUAGAUACUGGGCGUGGAAGGAUAUUCGAGUCUUUGGUAGUUCUCUCGCUUGGUUGGGUGCACGCAAUGUAUUGGUGAACUUACACAAAUAGGGUGAUCUGCAGAUUCCUGGCUCGACUUCGAAAAGGCUGGGCGGUGAAAAGGCGGUUAACGGUUAAAUGUGCGCUUUAUGAAGUCUUGGAAAUGAAU